CGUCCUCGAUGCGCGUGCGUCGUGCUCUUACGCUGCCAAAGCCGAGUGUUUCUUGUGAAAGUACAGUGCAAGCUUCGACAAUACCUUCAAUCGUGUCCGCUGUGCGUCGGUGCGCGUCGAUGCAAGGCGUUCGAUCGUGCUUGGUUCGUCAUGUCGCAGCCUGGGACCAGCUGGUGCGGCCGAAGCUUGCCCCGCAUCUCUGCCAUGGCAUGGUGUGCGAUGUGUGCUGACGUCAGAUUCCUUUUAUCGCAGCUCACACCACCACCCCCAGCCAUGAAGACGACGACGACGAUGCUGCUUCUUGCGUCGAGCGCGAUGGCCGCCACGACAACGACCGCGCCGACGACCGCGCCCACGGGUGGUGUGACGCCGACUACGCCGACGACCGCGCCCGCGGGCGGUGUUGCUGCAUGCUCGGCUGAGACGAUCAAUGCGGCGUGGAAGGCGGUCAAGGCCGACGCCAAGGCGAGCGGUGACAAGUGCGCGACGGACCUCGGUCUCGCGUCGGCCGAGGUGCUCGAGACGCUCACGAAUGUGACGCCGGCGCAGAUUGAAAAGUACGCCACGUCGACCAACUGCGCCGCGUACUAUGUGUUUUCGCAAAAGUCGUUUGCGUCCGUCAAGCCACCGUGCGCCAUGACGGCGACGACGACGACCGCCGACUGGGCGACGUUCACGAUCCAGCAGUACACGGACGCCCUCAAGGCGACGAUCGCGGCUGCCAACUCGACGACUGUCGCGCCUGGUGGCAACACGACGACGUCGGUGCCUGGCGCCGCGACGACCAAGCCCACGUCCGUGUCGUCGUCGACGGGUAGCUCGGCGGGGACGACGACCAAGGCGCCGACGCCCAAGCCCACGUCCAGUGCCGCUGGCCUUACGACGGGCCUCGUGGCGCUCGCCACCGUUGCUGUUGCGGCCAUGUAAGCCUUCUAUGCCUAUAAAAUACGUUGUUUCUGAA